CGGGAUUCUCUAGAGCAAUGCCUCGAUGUAGUUGAGCCUCUCGUCGAUUUUUUUUACAAAAAGUGCAGAUUACUUCAGACAUUUGGCCUUAUGAAUGAAGAUCUCAACAGUGCAGUGGAUCCUGAAAAACUAGUUUUCCCGAUUACUGUAUUAGUGUUCAAAAGUUCAAACUCUGUUCCAUUGAGAGAAGCACAUGGCCUAGAGCAGGUACGUGAGACAGCGUACCUCUUCGACCAACCGGCCGCAGCCUACUGCCACCACCACUGGACAAUCUUAUACCACUACUACUUCUAUACUCGAUGUAAUUACUGAUCGGUGCUUUCUACCGGGAGCAUUUUCUACCCUGUUCACUCGGCAACGGACUCUCAGCGGCAACACGCCACAAACUUGCAUUUCAAAAGUAAUUCGACAUGUGUGCACUUGAAUUGUUCCACUGAUGACUAUCGUUAUCUAGACAAAAAUUCAAUUGAAUUUACGCUGUGAUUUUAUUCUACAUGAUUCUUAUUAUUUAUUGACAAAAUAAUCAAAAUGUCUUGGCUACGUUCAACGAGUGACGUGAUCGGGUUUCUUCUGCUUUCGGCGGUAACAAUAAUUAAAGCAAUCCUCAAAUCAUUUAUACCGAAUAAGUACAAGAUGAAAAGUGUCGCGGGUGAAAUAGCCCUUGUAACGGGUGGAGGUGGAGGACUUGGAAGGCUUCUGUCACUGAGGCUCGCGAACCUGGGCGCGAUCGUCGUUGUUUGGGACAUCAAUGAGGCUGGAAUCGAGGAGACGGUGAAGUUAGUGCAGUCAGCUGGAGGCACCUGUUACGGUUAUAUCUGUAACCUUCGGAAUAAAGAAGAUGUCUACAAGAAGGCUGCAGUACUGAAAGAAGAAGUUGGAAAGGUAUCAAUACUUAUUAAUAAUGCUGGAGUGGCCAUUGGCAGAAAAUUUCUCGAUACUCCGGACGAACUUAUCACAAUGACGAUGGAAGUUAAUGUUAUGAGUCACUUUUGGACUGUUAAAGCUUUCCUACCAGACAUGAUGAGAGACAAUAAAGGGCAUAUCGUUAGCAUAGCCAGUUUGGCGGGUCAUGUUGGUAUCCCAAAACUCGUUGAUUAUUGCGCCUCGAAAUUCGCUGCUGUCGGAUUUGACGAGGCCCUUCGUAUGGAGCUGGAGUCUGAUGGAUACAACAAUAUUCAAACCACCGUGAUUUGUCCGUAUUUCAUACGCAGUACUGGAAUGUUCGAAGACGUGCAAUCAAGAUUCCUGUCCACUUUGAGUUCGAACGAUGUCGCUGAUCGCAUAAUAUCGGCAAUGAGGUGCAACGAGAAAUUUGCAAUUGUACCUGGCUAUCUUCAAGGCCUAUUAGCAGCGAAAUGGCUCGUCCCUUGGAAUUGUGCCGCCAUGUUCCUACGUGGUUUAGUCCGCGAUGCAUCACCAGAGCCCCAGAAGACUCCAGCAUCUAACAAUCAACAGAACUGUGAACCCUCGAAGGACCAAAAUGCCCUCCAUCAGCAGCUUGCAAGGCGCAUCUCGAGUUCCGAGAGAAAACCCUAAUUUGUUUUUACGAUUGUUACUACAAUACCCGGUAAUACUAAUACCUCAGUUAAGUAACUCUAUUGCGAUGUAAGGUGAAUCAAUAAUGGUUGUGAUGUGGAUUAUAAUGACAUUUAAAAAUGUGCCAACCUGUCGACAGCAAAUAUUCAACAGAUGAAAUGGCAACGAGCAAUAUUGUAAUUUCUAUUUUUUAAUACCAUGUGCAAGAAAAUCCUGAUUUUCAGUUCUCGGUUAACUGUACAUAUGUCGAAACUACCUGCAUAUACUUCCCGAUAAAUUGUACAUAUUUAAAAUUAUUUUGACGAAAGAACUAUACCGCUCCAAAGGCGAGGAUUUGAUAAACUAAUAUUAAUUGUAAUUUAGAAUAGGUUUAGUGCCAUGACUUGCCGUCAAGGCUGUCGCUGUGCGACGCCAGAUCAUUGGGUGAAUCAACAUACAAGUUCUUUUUAUAAUAAUUGAAAUGGGAUAAUACGUGUGAAACUAUUUUUAUGACAAAUAUACAGACAUCAGUAAUAUGAAA